ACUACAUCUACGCACAACUACUACCAGCAACGCGAAGUUCGCUCACUGGGGUCUUUGGAACGCCCAGACCCAAGCCUUCAUCCCUUUCCGCCUCCCUAUCUUCACGCUCUCUCGAAGAAUGAAGGGCGACGACUACGUCCGUUGGCUUGCAACGUAUAUCAGGACCAAUGAACAGUCUCUGGCCGCUGCAGCUGCUCCAUCGCGGCGUCGUCGCUCACUACAUUUGGAACAAACUAUGACAUUCUACAACCCUUUCUCCUGGUUCGGCGAACAGGGUCCCGCCCAGCCGGCACCCCUCGUUCUUUCCAUCGAUACCCACCAUCUAUUCUAUAUCCUCAUGCGCAUCGAAGGGCAGGGUCUUGAUGUGGGCACCCUUGAUGUCCGCAUCGACAAUCCCUCGCGUCCUAUGAGCUUCAUCAACCUCUUUCCUAAUGCUCAUCCUGACAAGUCGGAAACGUUGUCCUUGGCGUCAUUCAGGUCCAGUCUCUCGGCAGUCUCCGGUCUGUCUCUCGGCAGCGGUUGGUGGGGAAGGCCGGAGCCACCUAGUCUGGAAUCCGAGCUCAAAUAUCUGUUCAGUAGCUUCACGAAGCUGCCGGCGCUCUCAGUCACACCACCGACUAGCAAGCUCAUCGCCGAGCUCGAGUCGGAACCCCAAAUGAGAAUGCACUGCCCUUGGACGUUUUUCGCAACCUCCAAGCCUGGAGUGCGUGGAUAUAGAUCCGCGAGCUUUGCUAGGAUGGGACCGGCUUGCCGAGAGUCUGCGUUCUCUCAAGAUCCGGAAGAGUGGACUGGAGGACGUAUCUGAUAUCUUUAUCGGAGCUGUCCUCGAUGAUCAAGCGAGGCGUUCUGGCAGUACAAGCCGACAACGGCGGCGGCGGAUUCCCAGUAGUUCAGCUCGUGCUCCGUCGAUGUAUUCAGCUCGAUUGCCGGAUACAGUUCCGGAAGAAGAUAUGGAAACCGCGGAUGGAGAGAGCGGAUCCCACUCACCUCCCCCACCAACAGAACUGUCCGCGCUCAAAUGGGCCUUUCUGAGGCAUCUUUCCCUGUCUGACAACAGCCUCACGUUCUUCCCUUCGACAUGCAUUCCGUAUCUAACAUCCAUAACACACCUCGAUCUGUCUUCCAAUCUUCUCGUCUCGGUGCCUCCCAAUCUUUCAGCUCUAUACCAUCUGGUUUCCCUGAAUCUUUCGGAUAACAUGAUCGACUCUGUCUUGGGCAUUUAUCAGCAGCUCGGCCAGGUCCUGUACGUGAACCUGGCGCGGAACCGACUGGAAUCGCUAUGUGGUCUGGAGAGACUUUCAGCAUUGGAACGCAUCGACCUGCGGCAUAAUUUGAUCGAUGAAUCUGCCGAAAUAGGGCGUCUCGCUGCUCUUCCAAACAUUCAGGAGAUUUGGGUUGACGGGAAUCCGUUGGUGGAGUUUGAGGAAGGCUACCGCGUUACAUGCUUUGAAUACUUCCAGAAGGAGGGCAAGACCGUCUCCCUUGAUGGCUCUGCACCUGGUUUCUACGAGAAACGAAAUCUAAGCGUUCCGCCACCAGCCCAAAUGUUUUCCUCGCGGCCUGUUUCGGCAGCGUACUCACCUCCGGUCGUUGCAGUCGGCCACGCCCAUGCUCAUGGCAGCACCUCUCCAGCUUCGCAUUCGUCCGAGGCCUCACCUAACCUCGCUGCUGUGGGUGUGGUCACUUCGAAGCCUCGCCGUAAGCUCAAGCGGAUCGUGGAUCUGGAUGCGGGGGACAGCGACGGCGGCGGCGGCUUGUCUCGUGGCACGUCACACAUUCGAACGCAGUCCGAUGGCUCGAGUAGCCGGGUCAAGGUCCAAGCGGUAGAUCCGGUUUCAUUACAAAUCCCGAGUAACAGCGGUUGGUCUCAGUUCGGUGCUCUUGCUGAAGAAGGCGCACAUCUGUCUGCGUCAUCCAAUGUUGGAACAAUGCCUCGCAGGCCACGUCACACCCGCCAUCAAACUGAGGCAUCACCGACCGCGAUUGAGCCCGCUGUCGAUUCCCCGAUGGCCCCAUCCUCCUACCGACAGACGCGCAAUUCUGCCACCCUCUCGUCGAAGAGUGCUGCUCGACGGAAGAGAGUCACAGCCUCCGUGUUCGAGCCAGGGACUACUCUUCCGGAAGGCGAAGGCGAACCCGAGGACAGCGUUGAGCUCUACCGACAGCGGAUUGAGGCUCUCAAGAAGGACAUGGGUGACGGAUGGCUCAAGGUUUUUCGCCAGAGUUCAUGAUAUAAACUACUAUAUGCUCGUAUAUUUCCAUUCGGAUGGUGACUACUUACAGCUUUCAUUCUGAUUUGACACUCGACGAGGUCUUUGAGAGCAAACACGAUUGACUAUGAAAUGCAAAUUUGUA